AUGAGCCGCUUUGUCUGGGGAGUGAGGAACUACGAAGAUCCCCACAUGCUCUCCGUGUACAAAAUGAUGCUCCUUCCACCAGGAGUGACAGGCGGAAUUAAACAGGAUAUUAAGGCUUCCCCUAAUCCAUUUCUGGAAGCAUCCCCUAACCGUAACCGUAGGUAUGCCUCCCACUACAAGGGAGAUAUUGACGCAUAUGCGUCCGGGAUUUCUUCCAGGAUGAAUUGGAGGGAGCUCUAAUGAUAUCCUGAACCUACUAUUGUUGCCCUACGUCUUCACCACAGCGUUGUUGGCGAUCCUAGGUGGCCUCAUCAUGGAAGUCUACAUCGGACGUGUUUUCGUCAAAAUGGCCAACAAGUUAUGGCAAGCUGCAUUAUUUUUUCUCUCACGCGGGUACUCCCGCCGUGUGAUAAUAAAAGGAAAGCAGUACUACAGUACUGCUUUACUUACCUUUAUUAUCUAAAAAUCUAGUAGUAGUACUAGUAGUAUCUUUGUAGGCCUAGGCUUCUUCUACGGAGGUGGUCACGAUAGAUGGCCAACUUAUGAGCGGUACACACAUUCACAUCAUGACGUCACGUCUUCAUGUAGCUUUCCUAGUACACAUCCAAGCUUGCCACAAUAGUACAACUCAGCACAGCUGCGUUUAUUGUUCUUUGAUGUUUUUUGCUCUAAGGAGCAGGGACGCGUUUUGGCGAUUUGGGCAGGUCGCUUUGGUCCCGGUCACAAUUGGCGUAUGUUGAAAAAUCAUGGAAACAAAUGUAAAUGUAUGAGUUCUUUUCAUAUCUGGUUGUGAUGAUAGCGUCUUUUGCUAUCCUUCUGCAAGAACCAGGAUAGGGGAUUCUGAAGAGAAAGCGUGCAGUGUUGCUGAUGAGCCCUGAAGAGAGAGACCAGCGUGCAAACAGGAGCCCCAAAGAGAGACGCUCAGACACAUCGUCUUACUACUACUUAC